AACUCCAUCACUGGAAGGCCAUCUCGCACCUGCUCCGACAGUGUCACUUCAAUCUUGUAUCACGUUACUUCCGGUAAUCUGUGUAUGUGAUGGUAGUGACUAUCCGCGAUGACUAUCCACCUAGGUACUGUUGCAGGUUUGAGGCAGACGGGACCAGGUAGCGUCUCACUAGCCAGUCUGGCAAGGGUAGUCUGGCAAUCUGGUCUGUCAUCGAGAUGAACCAUUCCUAUGGAAUGCCGCAGUAUAUCUUGAUGGUAGUGUUUGUUGCUCAUAUUCAAGGAUCAUCGCUUUGCGCGUUUCUCUGUCAACAUAUUUCUUCAUCACUCGGUACUGUACAACAAGCUUGUAUUCGUGGUGUCAGCAUUUACUUCGAAAGCUUUUCUUCUUUCAUAUUCGCUUUUCUAAGUUACAGCAAUAAACCUCUAACCCAUUCUUUCUGCAAUUCUGCAAUAAUUCAUUCUCCCAAAAUCAUGGCCUACAUCCACAACGAGCCAGGCCAAGGCCAUGAUCAUGCCCACGAACAUAACCAUAGUCGCUUUCAGGUCAGCCGGAAGAUGCGUCUUCGAGCUGUCAUCGCCAUUUCGUUUUGCUUCUUCGCAGCUGAGAUCUCCGUUGGCUUCUACACAAAGUCUUUGGCACUUGUCGCUGAUGCCUUCCACUAUCUCAACGAUCUAAUUGGCUUUAUCGUCGCCUUGGUAGCCGUUCAACUGACGGAACGCGAGAAUUCACCAGCAGAUCUUUCUUUCGGAUGGCAGCGCGCUUCGCUUCUCGGUGCUUUCUUCAACGGCUCCUUCCUAAUCGCUUUGGGCGUUAGUAUCGCUUUACAGGCCAUCGAACGCUUCAUCUCGAUCGAACACGUCCAGAAUCCGAAAUUAGUGCUAAUCGUUGGAUGCGUCGGGCUGGCCCUCAAUGUCAUCAGUGCCUUGUUUUUGCAUGAGCAUGAUCACGAUCACGGAUCCAGCGACAGUGGCGAUGAGGAGACCCUAUCAUCCUCAUCUACACAUGCGAACCACCUGCAUAUAGGCACAAAGCCCAGGAAACAUGGCAUGGAUCUUGGGAUUCUCGGUGUUCUUAUUCAUGUCAUUGGCGACGCCAUCAACAACAUCGGUGUCAUCAUCUCCGCUGUAAUUAUCUGGUUCGUCAAGUCACCAAACCGCUUCUACGCCGAUCCGGCAGUCAGCAUGUGGAUUGCCAUUAUGAUCCUGCUCUCUGCCAUCCCGCUCACGAAGAACAGCGGCAAAAUCUUGCUGCAGUCCGCCCCAAUAGGUGUCAAGAUUGACGAUAUCAAGCACGAUCUGGAAGCCAUCCCAGGUAUUAUGAGCGUGCACGAUCUGCAUGUGUGGCGUCUGGACCAGAAGAAGGCAGUUGCGUCUGCGCACAUUGUGGUCAACGACCCGGACAUUGCAAGCUUCAUGAAGAACGCUAAGAUUUGCACUGAAUGCCUGCAUGCCUAUGGUAUCCAUUCUGUGACACUUCAGCCUGAGCUUCCGGUACCUUCGGGGGAUGUCGAAGAGAACACGUCUACUACUUCAGCUACGAGUACGGAGAAGUGCGGGGUACCAUGUGGGGAGCUUUGCGAAGAGUUCAAGUGUUGUGCUUGAACUCGAUAAUCCCAUGAAGAAAGUAAUGAGUAAUGUCAAAUAGGCAGAGUUUCCAGUAU